AUGACGUCACCACCAUGCUAUCCUUGGCCUGUCAUGUCCAUUCCGAUCCAUCCGCUUGCACCUGACGAAAAAGUGCAGAAUCGUCGCCUGCUACGCCACUCGGCGACCUCACCAACGAGCAGCACUCGUGGUGGUCCGAACAGCUCGAACAUGCCGGCCGGCGCCGGAACCGCUGCGGCAGCGGCUCGUCGCGCCGGCGUCGGCACGGCUGCCGGCCGUCGUGCCUCUGCCUUCGUCCGCCGCAUGUCCAUGGCCAUUCCAACACUCUCUGCCGACCCUGUACCUUUCUCUGCGGUUUGUUUGUUUUCUUUCUUUUUUGUACGAGUAUGUCGACGUUUUUGUCGCUAAUCAUAUCAGGUUGUUCAUUAAUCCUACGAAUCUGAUCAGAUUGAGCUAACUUCUUUAGCGGGUCGCAAAGCUCAACGUUAGGACCUUUGAAAAUCUUCCCGACUUGAAAUAAUUGAGAAAUAUUUCUCUUCUUAAAUUUUUUUUCAAUCGCAGAGGUUCGUUCUUUUGAACCGUCAUAAUUUUAUGAACGCACUCCCGUUCAGACGAUUCUCGGUUAAGCAAAAUUUUUCUACUGCGAAGUUUUUUUUUUCGAAAUGCGAACUUUCCUGAACAUCGAAGUGUUCUCAUUGUUCGUAUGUGAAAUCGAGAUGACUGUCGAAAUAAUUUUUAUUUUUAAAAUUCCCGAUUCCUGUUUGUCCCCUCUUUUUUUCUGCAGGGAUCUAGGAUCUUGAAUAAGAACGGAAAACGAGAAAGGAAGAAACUUUUUUCGCGGUUGAGCGCGUUUGCCGUCGGGAUCGCAGCCUUUUUCGAUGGUUGGACACGUGCCAAUUUGAGGCGGCCAAAGAAGCCUCCGAUAACUUCCCAACUAAUUUUCGAAUUCAUUUCUCUAUAUCAUAUUUCCACAAAGUUUCUUCUCGAAUGCAAAUUCACAAUCCCUUCCGACCUGUCACAUCCACUUUCUGAUGAAAAAAUUGAAAACGCCAAACUUUCCCUUUUCAGUUUCCAUUUUGCAUCAAACUUUUUUCUAGUUUUUUUCGAACUUUCGAGCCAUUGAGUCCAGUUAUUGAUUGAUGAAUUUGAAUCGGAAGAGAAUGUAAUUUUGGUUAGCUCUAGUUAGUCCAUUCUCAUAUGAUUUAUCUUAAAAAAAUCAUCUUUUUGAUACAACGUACCGGUUUUUGAAACAAACCACGCACGGAAUCUGAUCGUCCUCUUUUUAAAAUCAAAAUCUUCUUUUAUUUUCCCAGUCUACUUUUUGGAUGUAAAAGAAAGAAAUAAUUUUUUUGAAAUUUAAAAACUACCGUAAAAGACAAUGUUUCAGUACAAGGGAAGCUUCUAAACCUUUCAACUUCCAGAUUUUGGAACCAAGACUCAUAUGUACCCACUUUUUCAGUCAUUUUCACAGUCUGUAGCCUCAAACCAGUGGCUCACUUCUUGACUGUGUUGACGGAACUGGCACAUUUUGCAGAGAAGAAUGUCUAAGAAAAGAACAUUCCAAUUCUAGUUUCAUUAGCGCAGGCGCCGACGCAUAUGACCCUAUUGGGAGCAAAAACGAAGAAAAUGGAGCUCAUCGUUUUGUGGAAAAGGCAGAAGCUCAUCACACUCGGCUAAUUACGACUUGGCACGGCUGAUGCCCCGCAGAACGCCCUUGAGCCUCGCAUUCCUUCCGUUUUUUGUCCGCAUCAUAACUCAUUAGCGUUGCGGUUGUCGGCUUCUUCUGCGCAGGGACCACGUCAUUUCAUCGCCGUUUUAGGUUCUUUUCCUUAUUUUUCCCAGAUUUUUCUUUCUCUUCUAAUUUUCCCACCGGGACGAGUUCGAAUGAGGGAUCGGACUUUUUUCUCUUAAUUUCAUGCGCGCCUAAUUGGCGUGGACAUGAGCAGGGAUGAGUGGGACAGACCCUCAAAGUUUUGCAAACUUGAGACAUAAAUUUGCCGUUUCGAAGAAACUAUUCAGUUUUUGCGAGAAAGCAAAGUAUAAAUCUUGAAAGCGUGCAUAAAAUUGUUCCAUACCGUGAAAGGAACAAUCUCAAUUUUCUUAAUUGAAAGAAAGAGAAGAGAGUGGAACAUGAGAGGAAGUUCAAGGUUUUUUGAAAAGUCACAAACUAUGAAUCGAAGAUGUUGUGUGAUCGAGAAUAUAAUUGAUGGAGGUCUUGACACUCUAAAAGGAAGAGUAUACUAAAAUGAAAGGUUCAGAAGACUUUGAGAUAUUUUUCCACGAGCCAGUGAUGAAUGAAAUAUUAAGUAACCGUAUAUUAUUUUCCUUUCGAAAAGUCAGCUUCAUCCAGUCAAGAUAUAUUUUUUCCAAGGCGCGUCAAACAUUUUUUCUUCAAUUUUAGGUCUAAUUUGCGCGGAUGUAAAUAGUGUAUACAUACGGUCACUGUAAUUUUUUUAAGAAAGAUCGAGUUUUUUUUUCCCGUUGAAAAUUUCAAAAAACUCCGUCAGUAUUUAAAGCCGGUGAAUUUCCUUAUGGAAAAAUGAUCACUAAAAUAAGGGCUUGAGUUGUUUCUGGAAAUCGCAAAACUUUCCCAGAUAGGUACUGUAUAUGUUGUGUUUUCGAGGAGAGAAGCUUUUUCUCAAAAAUAUCCCUUUUCCAUUCAGAAUCUUCAGGUCUUGAAGCGAACCAUCUGUUCAUUGCCUCCGAUUUCCAACCCUAUCAUUUCUCGCUCAAGGCCGCGGCUCUUUUUUCCAAUUAGCGCUUUUUGAAGCCCUCACUUGUCGUCGUUUUUGCCGUCUUUCUUCACUUUUUGCCAACUUUUUUCCUCUCAGAAUUUUUUUCAGUUCUUUUUUUUUGAAUACAGAGUCAUUUCAGUCAGUUUUAAAAGUUUCAAAUUGUCGCGCGGGUUCUUCGAAAGCAAUAGGAAUAUAUCAAUAGCAUAAAGCUCUCCGAAAAAGUUCUCCAGAACGAAAAAAGAAAAAAAGACGGACGGAGACGCUUUCUUCUCCUUUACCGGGAUUUCGGACGAGCCUUUGGUCAUUUUCGUCCUCCACUAGUGAAUAGAUUACCUUUUUUCGAUUUUGUUAGGAUUUGCGGCUCAAAACAAGGCCGCCGUCUCUAUUCUUUUCCUUUUCAAAGGAAUUUUCGAAUUAGCUGUGUCUUUGGCCAGCUAUUUUUCUUCUGGUUCCUCUGCUCUGAAUAGGAGAUUUUGCAAAGCAACUCUAAGAUUCAGAAGCUCGUCAUUCUGGUGUUCAAUGUAAUUAUUUGGGCAGUAUUUACUUGCCGUCACACCAAAUAAGGCAAUUACCGCGGGAAACGCCGUCGAGAUUUAUUUCCAAUAUCCAAUCUCCACAGAUUCCAAGCGUUUAGGCCUACGUGUGUUCCUUGGCUGCCUUGCCCAAAAUUUUCCAGCGACUCGCCGUUUUUUUCUCAUAUUUACGGGCGACGAAGGGCCUUCGCGCUCACUUUUCCGACGUCUUUUCUUCUCUUAAUUCAGAAUUGCCGGCUUUUUGUGAUUUCCAUCCAGUCUGUACCUCGAUCGUGCUCAACUUGCUUCGAUUUGCGGAGAUUCAGAGCUGAAUUUGAGCUGAAUUACAUAGGGACGACGCGAUAAUGAUAGUCUUCAACAGAGAUUUCCGCUGAAUUUUAUUCACAUAACAACUAAUUUUCCUAGUUCAAGUUUUGGGUUGAUUAGCUUUGAGCGUUUUUUUUUAAUGGAAUAGGGUAUUUAUUUUUGACGUUUCAACUUUUGGAAGUUUUUUUCAACAUAAAAGCUUCUAGAAAUUUGAUGAAUACCUAAAAAUCAAAAUUUGGUUCAAGUUGGUCGAGAACUGAUCAUCAAAAUGAAAAUUUCUUAUAAUUGCAGAAUUUUUCGAUUCCAAGGUUACUAUUUGCAAAUUAUAUUGAAGUAUGCAGUUGAGUCGUAUUGACUUAUUUUUGCUUUUUUCUCAAUUUUUUCGCAAAUCAUUUUUUAAACUAGGCUUGUAGGCACAAAAACAUUAUCAACUUCAAAAGCGUAGCCUUUCUCAACCAUAAAAGUCUGAACGUCCUUUGAAAAUCUUUUUCCACAUAAACAAAAACACACCAAACCGAAAAUGGUUGUUCCGAAAAAGGGACAAUCCAGAGAGCCUAAACGCUUUUCGAUUGUUAUAAUUGGUCCCGCAGGCUCUCCGCUUUUUGUUUCAAUUCAUUGAUGGGCGGUCUCGCGAUGAAAAUUCAACCGAAAAAGGGAGACGAAUUAGGACAGAAUUUGCAUUCGCUAACCGACCUGUCGGCCUCCUGAAAUACGAAAUAGCUUUCCACUGACGUGACGGUUCGUUGUUUUCUUCUAUCUUAGGAAGAUGAGAGUUUACAAUAAGAAACAAAAGCUUUUUUUAUCAUUUCGAUUCACAAAAGCCUUCUAAAUUAUAAGUGGAUCACUGCAAAAAAUCGUUUAAAAAUCGUUCAUAAGAUUUGAAGAGAAUUGAUCAAAAAGGAGAGGUUACUCCAUGAAGCCUCUGAUUUUCUGUCGAAUCAUUCCCUGCCUCCUAAAUGAACGCUGAUGUUCUUCUCCUGCCUUUCUUCCUCCAGAGUUUGAGCUCGACAUAACGUGUACGGCAUACCAAUCGGAAUAUAUCUCUUUUUUUUCUUUUCUCUCUGGGUUUUGCUCCCAUUUUUCGGUGGGCCUUCAUGUCUGGUUAUUUUUGCUCCAUGACGUCGUCGGUGUGCUUGUUUUUGGAUAUCCUGGACGCGGGUCGUUUCUCCUGGCAUUCCAUUCCAAGUGCUCUAUCCAUUCAUAUAGUCUUGUUCAAUUUUUUUAAAGGUUCAUUUUAGCAGAAUUUAUCUGGUUAGUUUAUUCACUGCUGUCCUGUGCCGCUAGAAAAUAUCGCCUGGUCAUGCUUAUUCCAGGAUCUUCAACAAAAAACACACAGACACAAAACUUUAUCACUCCAAGUUUUCAUUCCUGCGAGUUUAUUGCGCUGUUGCACCAAACGGACGCUGCAGAAAAGUCCAAUAUCGAAUUUCCAAACAAUUUGCCGCGAGUUUUCGACGACCUCUGGGAGAUAUAUGAUUACCAGUGGUCCUUUUUUCUUUUUGAAAAUGGCCCACGGCGCGUCAUUCAUUUCCUUAAUGCUUUGGCCAGCUGGCCGUUUGCAUCUGACAUGAUGGGUUUAAGCUUCGCGCGGCUUUUCCUCUUUGUUUCCCCAAGUCUUACUCCAAACCGAGAUUUUAUUGCUGUCAUUGCAUAUUUUAUUGUAAUGAAGUGGACAGCUAUUGAUUUUUCGAACGUUCAUACGAAAAGAUUUUUUAAAGUUUUUUGAAAAUAACCCUGAACGCUUAGUUUUUUGAAUAUUUUCAGUUAGGCAAGUUAAUAAGCAAAAUAUUGCUUUUGUCGUUUUUUAAAGCUGCAAAAUAAGUCAAUUGCUUUUAUUUUUCCUAUUUUUCGAUUGUGUGCUUAUUUUUCGUGCCGCCAAAUUUUACCUUGGUUGUAUCUCUGUUUUCCUGUUUUUUUGGUUGGUCCUCGUGGGUAAAAAGCGGGCUUUGUACAUUUUCAGUCGAAAAAAGUAGAAUAAAUAAAAAUAUACAACAGCUGUUGUUAAAGGUUCUUGUUUCUAUGCCAACUUUAGGAAUCUAAAUGCAUAAAUUUUGUCUCUAAGAGUACCUCGUUUGGGGUUUGACAUUUUUCUCUGCAAAGAGAAGACUCGCACGUUGAAGUUCGUGUGCAACAAUCGGAGAGAAAACUCUGUAUGAAUUCUAAAACUGCUGUUUAUCACUUGACGUCUUCUUAAGGGUAGAAGACGUCGUCGUUCUCCCCACAUCGAUUCUCUCUUUUUUUUGUCUUUUCGGAAGGCCACCGUUGUUGUAUAUCCGUGCAUGUGGCCUCUAUCUCGCGGAACAAACCAAAUAAUUGGGUUAUUUCGCCUCGAAUUUUGGCUCCACUCCCGCUCUUUUUUUGCUUCUUCUCCUCUUUCUAUCAGUUUUUGGCAAGUCUAAUUUGUUUGACUUGGUUUCUGUUGGAAGUGUGAACUCUCUUUUUCUUGAAUCAUUGAACUACAUCCUCAAGAAACACCUUUGGAGCUCACUCUUGACGAAAUAUUCUUGUAAAGCGCAGUUUUUUUUCCACUGGAGAGUGGAUCAAAAUAAAUGCAGUUGGGGUGAACGACGAGCUUGGGCGCCAUGGGUCCCGAGUGAGCCUAGGCGGACGUAUGUCAUCGACUUCCGGCGCGGCUCUGCCCAAGCAACUCAUGAUCGUCCUUCAGAAUGGCUCCUACAAGGUUUGUUCGGCUGCACCGCGAUAUUUCUUCUUUUUUCUUGGACUUUACCAUCACUAUUCGUUUCAAAUUCGGAAAAGGUUGAAUUUGAAUGUUUUGAGGAUCGGUAGGCUAUCUUUGUUUGAGGUACAGUACUUCGAGAUUACAUUUUUUUUUUCUGAACGUCAUUCAUUUUGUUGUUUGCCGUGUAAUUUUGAGCUUUUUUUUCGAAUAUGAAGUGUUCUAUUUUAAAUUUAGAAAAUAAAUAGAAAGGAAACUAGGAUUGGUUUUGUUUAUUUUUGUAGGAUUUUCAAGUAAACUCUGUCUUUCCGCUGUAUUUCUAGUUUUUGAAAGUUCAAGGCGUUUCAAAUUCGGUUUCUUUACAACCUUUCCUCAUCUCAACAAAAAAUAAGUUUCAUUUUUUAGUUGAUUAUGCGAAACAUCCUCAAACUCCAUCUGCCUGAACAGCCACCCAGUGGUUCUUUUUUUUCGUGCUCUUCGCAGUUAUUUGCACUCGACACUUUCUCAUGUUUCCGCCCAAUUAGCUGCACCCUUAUUGGAGAUCCGAGAAGGCUUUUUCAGCCAGAGAAAAUCAUUUUUCUUCUUUCACCUCUAGGUUCGUUUUUCAGGUUAUAAACUUUUUUUCCAACCCUUUUGAAGUCGAAAAAUAUUAUAAUAGAAAGUAUGAUCGAACUCAAAGAAGAAAAUUUAGUCGAACUGAAAAGGAAAAAGUUUUCUUUGAAUUAAGUUUGCACUAAUUUCUCGCAUGAAAACGUCUUUGAAAUUAAAGAAAAUAUUUAGAACUCUCUUGCAUAUGCUGCUUUUAACUGAUAGAUACGAGCUUUUUCACAUGUUUGAUUGAUAGACUUGUGUUUUGAUGUUCAAUAGGGGCGUAAAAUAAAAGGGCAAUUUGUUAGGCUAAUUUGUGGGAAAGUUGCACUCGAUUAGCUAGAUGAGCCGGCUAGUUGUGUUGCUAUGAAACGGACACGAGCGGUCGGUCCCCGGUUCGAUUUCUUUUCUCCGCUUUUUUUCAAAAUCACCCGUCCUGUAAGUUUUGACAGUGGACCACUUCCCAACAUGUCAAUUUUUUUCUGUUUGGCUUCUUCAAAACAAUAUAUUUGUAUUGUAAAAGUGCUUACUGAACACUUUAUACCGCUUUCUUUAAUUCUGAAGCAAGAACUGAAAAAUCUGUGGUAGAGAUGUAUAUGGGAAACUUCUUUUUUUUCCCAGUUUUACUAAUGAGAGAAACCUGUUUCAAGUUCAGAUUCCAUCUGAUUGAAGUGUGAUAGUAAGUGAAGUUUGAUAUAAUUAAAGGAACUAGAUGUAAUGCAAUUUGGAGGUGAAUGAAUAAAAGCAAAAGGUACAGGUGCGAAUCGAGAAUUUGAUUUGGAGCCGAAUAACAGAGGUAUUUUGCAGGUGUUGUCGUUGGGCGCCGACGUGCUGCCCGAGUACAAGCUGCAGCCGACGCGCAUCCACCACUGCACAAUUGUCCACUACAGGUACCUUGCGCUCACACGGUGUUUCUUUUGCGACGCCCCGCCCACUUUUCUCCGUCAAUUAGGACGUGUUUAGUGCAUGCACGAAAAAUUUGGAAAAUAAGGUUAACCGAUGAUAUAGGUAUGAGAAACGAAUGAACAUUGAAGAAAAAAGACGAGGAAAUUAAAAGAGAUUAAAUAAAACUAUAUUGCUGUGGAGAAACAAAUAAAAGAUGUUUUACAGCAAGUACUUUUUAUUAUAAAAAGUUGACGGAAUAUCCGGAUAUAAAUGAAUUCCGGAACAUACUUUCUCAACUUCACAGACUUUUUUCAUGUAACUUCAUCUCAUUGAUGUCCACAACCUAGGAAUCUGAACAAUCGACAAAAAAAUAGAAUAAGAAAAACAUAAAAUGGGGUGAAACAUGUUCCAUACAAACAGGUGGAGAUUUUUCAAAAACGCUUCUUCAUCACGAGUUUUUAAAGUUAGCCUCACAGAACUACUUUCAAAAAAACGUCUAACAGCCCAGAGUAUACCCCGAUCGUGGUCCCGCAAUACUAUCAGCAAUCUACGAAAAGAAAAUGUGAAAAAAAUAUGAAAAAAAUUGACAAAAAAAUCAAAAAAAUAAAGCCACUUUUUUUCAAAUUUCGCGGGUGAAUUUCGAGAAGUGCGCAGACUUUGCCGAGUUUCAAAUUCCUUGCAUUUUCUUCAACUGGCAGAAACGCCGUGCUCACUUUUCUCUCAAUUGGCGAUUCAUAAUGAAACUGUUAGAAAAUGGUAUGAGUUUCUGUUAGAAAAUGGUACGAGGACAGCAAUUUGCAAAAUCACUGAGAAAACAGGUGGUGGGUGAUCAAGGGAAAGAAAAAGAGAGAAAGGUUUUCGAAAAAGCCCAAAAAAAAGACGUAACCAUUGUGUUUGGUACGCAAACAGCAGACUUUACGCUAGUCGUUGAAGACUUUAAAAAAAUUUUCCGAUUUGUUUGUUUUUUUUCGGGGUUGACCAGGCGGCCGGUCGUAUUACGAUAGCUAAAGAUGUUUUUUGACAAUAAAAUAGUUACUCUUAUAUUAAUGACUACUAUUUUUCACCUUGAGAGAUAAACUCUGUUAAAGUUGCGUUUUUUAAAUGUAAAAAUAAAAUAAAAAGCGAAAUCGGGAUUUUUUUUUUAUUAGAUUGCAGAAAAAAAAAUAUAGUUCUUUGAUUUCAGAGCACCUCGUGAGAUAGUGAUUAAAAUUUUUAAUUUGCUUCAAUUGAUGAGAAAAGUCCGUUUUUUUGUUAGACAAAUCAUCGUCGAUCGAUGUUUCAUCCAUGUUUGUCAGCCUUGUGACUACAUAGUCAUCAAUUAAUUAGAAAGACUUUUGAUAAGACUUCGAGUUGAAAAUGUGGACAACCAAUUAAUUAAUGAGAGAAAACGUUGGUAAUCUGGGUAUGAUAAGUAUUACGGUAGAAACCCGUGACAAAGCUUAAUUGGCCUCAAGUCAUUAAAUGUGAGAUAGAGGAGGAAGCGGAAUUGGAGAGGAGUACUGUGGAGUUUGCAACUCUGAAAAAUGUCAAUGUUGAGCAAUUUUUUCAGAAAAAAAAACUUUACCCUUUCUAAAUUUUUUUCUCUUGGGUUGAUAUCUUCUCAGCUUAUUGGAAAUCGAUUUUCUGAAGCAGUCAAGGAAUCUUCAAUUUUCAGUCCCUUCAAAGCGGUAUGGGACUGGAUUAUCCUUUUGCUGGUCAUUUACACUGCCGUGUUUACGCCUUACGUUGCCGCUUUCUUAUUAAGAGAGGUUUUUUUCUCCAUUUUUUUUUUGCAGGAUAAAUUAUCAUUUGAAUGCAUUUUCAGUUGCAAGACACGACGCGGAAAGCACGGUUUUCAGAACCACUGGAAAUCGUUGAUUUGAUUGUUGAUAUUAUGUUUAUUGUCGAUAUUAUUAUCAAUUUUCGAACAACCUAUGUUAAUGAGAACGACGAGGCAAGGAUAUUUUAGCCUGUGAGAAAAUGUAGAAAAAAGAUUUCAGGUAGUGUCGCACCCGGGUAAAAUAGCGACCCACUACUUCAAAGGAUGGUUCGUCAUCGACAUGAUUGCCGCCGUGCCUUUUGACUUGCUUCUCGUCAAUACCAACAGUGAUGAGGUGAGUUAGUCUGAAUGACCAGAAGACCUUUUGGGACAUUCAAAGCUUAUUUCAAACCUCCUUGUCAGAAAAAUGUUUCCAUUUACUAGUUAGAGCAGAAAUGGGCGUUUUUCAACACGAUUUCUCAAAAAUAUACUUUGAUUCUUUCAAAAUUUGUUAUAGUCCAAUCAUCUGCUUUCUCUCGCUACUGCCUAUCGAAAAAAAUACCAUCUAAAGAGAAAAAAAAAAACAUAUAAAUACCUCCUUUAGAAUCCAAAAAAAAUGUGCUCAUUUUUUUUACUCAGAAAUCUUCUGUAAAUCCGCUUUCCGCAAAAAAUUUUGUGGUUCCGCAAAUGAAAAGUUUGUUCUGCAUUCCGCGUUCCACAUCCCGCAAUUCGAGAAUUCAGUUCCGUCCAUUCAGAGUUUUUACACGGUUUCAUAGUUUCUACAAAACAUUCUUAAUGGGUUUUCUAGAGGUAGGAGAAAAAUCUUGCGUCCACCUAAAAUAAGACUGUAAAACAGCUCUUCGUCUUGAUUUUUUUGGCCAGUCCGAAAUCUUUUGAUCGGUGUUUUUCGAAAAAAAAAAUGUUUGAUACUGGUCAAAACUAAAAACAAUAUGUAGGUUUUUUUUUAAAUCGAAAUAUGUUCAAAGAGCAGCAUUAAAAUGCAAUUUUUACAGACAACGACGCUCAUAGGGUUGCUGAAGACGGCUCGGUUACUUCGGCUGGUGCGAGUCGCGAGGAAACUCGACCGCUACUCGGAGUAUGGCGCCGCCGUUCUGCUGCUUCUGAUGGCGACGUUCGCUCUGAUCGCCCAUUGGCUGGCCUGCAUCUGGUACGCCAUCGGCAGCGCCGAGCUCUCCCACAAGGAGUACACCUGGCUCCAUCAGCUCGGUUCGACUCACUUCUCCUCUUUUUCCACACCUUCAAACGUUUCAGCCAGGCAACUCAGCCAACCUUACGUGUUAAUCAACGGGACGACCCCAACCGGUGGGCCAACGUUAAAAAGUCGAUACGUCACUUCAUUAUAUUUUACAUUGUCUACAAUUACUUCUAUAGGUAUGAAGACCAGAAAAACAGAUGGAAAAUAGCUCUUGGAUAUCAGGUUUUGGUAAUGUUUCUGCGACGACGGACUCGGAGAAGAUCUUCACGAUUAUUAUGAUGAUCUUGGGAUCUUUGAUGUACGCCUCCGUGUUCGGUAACGUCUCGGCCAUCAUUCAACGAUUGUACAGUGGCACUGCUCGGUGAAUAUAACGUUCUUCGAUGAAAAAAUAUAAUUUUCUGUUCAAGAGUGCAUUGAGUAAAAUGAAAAUGACUGAAAAAUGAGAAAAUUUAAACGUGAAAAAAAGUUUGAAUUAAAAAUUUAAAAAAAUGAAACGCAAUUAAAUCGCAUUCAUGAGCUUUUUCAAAGUUUUAAAAAGUUCCAAGUUUUAUAAGGCGCAGAAGUCUUGCAUGAUAUAACCUCAUACAACGUAUCUUCGCAUCAGAAGUUGUUUCGAAUUUUUUCAUGUGUUUUUAUAAAAAGUUAAAAAUCCCUUUGAACAAUAUCUUCGCUUUUUUUCUUAAAGAAAAUACUAUUUUUGUCAAUUUUCGCCAUUUUUCAGGUAUCACACUGAGAUGUCAAGAUUACGGGAGUUCAUCCGGUUUCACCAGGUUAGUUCUUUGAAAAAUUCAACAUUCUCAUUGAUUUUUUUCAGAUUCCAAAUCCGUUGCGUCAACGGUUGGAAGAAUACUUUCAACAUGCUUGGUCUUAUACCAAUGGCAUUGAUAUGAAUUUAGUCAGUUCUUGCUUCUUUCUUCGGACUUCAGACCGCCUUGUUCGUUUUUGUGUCUGAAUGAGGAUUUUUUUCAGGUAUUAAAAGGGUUUCCCGACUGCUUACAAGCGGACAUCUGCUUACACUUAAAUAGGAAUUUAUUGAAUAGUUGUGCAGCGUUUGCCAGCUCAUCGCCUGGAUGUUUACGAGCAUUAAGCAUGCGGUUGGUUUUUUGUUUUCAAAUUUUGUUUUCGAACAGAAGUAGAAAAAGAAAUUAUUUCUUUGGAAAAUUGACACAAGAAAGACCAUUUCACUUUGCGGGGUAGAAUUUCCGGAAUUUCAACCAAAGCCAAAACGCUUCUUGAUGUGUCAGUUUAUUCUGAAAUUGUGAACUCGCAAAACUUCUAGUUUUUGAGAAACUUUGAGGCCUCCUUUCUCAAGAACUAGGGAGCUGUACUGGUAGAGAAUUCCAGAUUUUUCAUUUGGUACAUCAAGAAGUGUUCUGAGCAACUUUCAGUGAAUUCCCAACCGCGAAUUGAAAAUACCUUCCUUGUCGGGCAAUUUUUGAUUCACAGAAUAGAUUUCAUUAGGUUUCCAACUCGUCUUAAGUUUAUAGAAGUUUUUUUCCAAACGCCUUGAAAACUUAAAUUAGAGAAAGCAACCUUCGGCUAUUUGUGCAAAAUGUCGAUUAUGAAUCUCGAAAAAAGUUAAAGUAAAUAUUAUAAUACUGAUAAAAUCAUCAACUUGUUUUCUUUCGCAGAUUUCGAACGACGCAUUCGCCUCCAGGCGACACGCUGGUCCAUCGCGGCGACAUCCUCACCGGCCUCUACUUCAUCGCCCGAGGCAGCGUCGAGAUUCUCAACGACGACAACACCGUCAUGGGCAUUCUCGGUGAAUCUCGACUCUUUGUCUUUUCUCGAAACGAAACACUAGUUCAUCUGUCCUACUUCACGGCAAAAGUACUUUACCUUGAGAACCAAAUUCUUUAUCUUUGAUUUCUAUCACAAGAUUUUUUGGUAUGAUCAAUGUUUUACACAUGCAUAGUUUCUUAGUUAUAAUGCUUUCGAAUUUUUUUUAAUAAAGAAAAUAAUCCAUAAGUAUUUUUCCGUGUAGAAAAAUUGAUUAAUGUCAGACUGGGCAACCUAUAUUUGGAUCUCGGUUCAUUACGUGAAAGAGGCAGAAAUAGUAUCUGAAUCGUGGUUCUGAUUCAAACUUUUUUUACUUGAUUUGAUUCAAUAAUUCAAAUUUUUAUUUCAAAUUUUUUUCUAGAUAUCAAAGACACCUUCCCCUUGAAAUUUUCAAGUCUUUUGAAAGUCUUUUGAAUGAAUUCGUUCUGCAGUUUUAAAAACGCGCCUAUUUUUAUCCCGAUUUUUCGUCAAGUUUUACUUUGUCACACUUUCUAUAUAGUCCGUAAAUUGGGAAAUUUUCAGGGAAGGACGAUAUUUUUGGAGAGAAUCCGUUGUUGUACGACGAGGUCGGCAAGUCGUCUUGCAAUGUUCGGGCUCUAACCUACUGCGAUUUGCAUAAAAUUUUAAGGUUUAUUUCUCCUAUUCUUUUCGUUUCCAUCACAAAAAAGUCUUCAGAGACGACUUGUUAGAUGUGUUGGACAUGUACCCGGAGUUUUGCGAGACUUUUUGUAAGAAUCUCACCAUCACUUACAAUUUGCGAGACGAUACGCAAACAUUACGAAAAAGGUUCAUUCAAUUCUGAUUAGAGCUUUUUAAAGCAUUUUUCCAGAUUUGAUAGACACAAGCUGUUGCGGAUGUCGUCUUCUUUGAACAAAGAUCGAUUUGUAACACCUCCCGAAGGUAUCUUUCAAGUUUAGUUUGAUUUUUUUUUUCGCUCACUCAGCUUGUAUAAAAAUACGGAACUAACACAACUGGUAAUCGAAAUUCAUUUCUGAAUGGAGUUUCUUCUGAUCAUAAAAUUUACUAAACGUAGGAUCAAAGAAAAUGUUUGAAUUAAUGCUUAUUUAUUUUGAAAAAAAGCGCAGAGAUGAAAUAUAGGAACUCUGAGCUUUUAUUUCUGAUUCAAUUUUUUUAAAGAGUUUGUUUCUUUAAGUUGCUCUACAAAUUUUUACGGUCCUGUUUUUAGAAAGUAUAUGAAAGAUUGGUAGAACUGUCUACUAGAGAUGCUUUUUUCAGUUUAAAACUCGCUUUUGAUCAAAACCCUAGAAAGAAUGGUUGCGUGCUUGAUGUGUUUUAACAUAUAAAUGGACGUGUAUCACCCUCAACUAACACAAUGGACAGGGUCGGCCACAGACGGCGGGACGCGACGCAGCGCCACGGAGUCCGUCUCUCGCAGCGACUCGAAUCCCAUCGACAGAAGACAAUCUGCCGGCUCUCGCAGUGAGUUUUCCCCUCUGAGUCUGCAUCUUUCCCCAUCAAUCGAAAUGUUUUGCGGUGCUGUUCAAGAGUUCUUCUGUAGUGGUUUCCUUGAAUUCUUGCGGCGAAAACGAAUCAUUUUUUUUCGAUUUGUGGCUUUUAAUGAGUAGGUUCGGCAGCGCAUAACGCGAAGAAAAGCAUCUAGCCGUUUGUUUCAAUCGUUAUGCUAUGAAUCAUGGAUUAAAAUUCGAAUCUUUGAGUGAACCAAAGUCACAAAAAAAACUGUCUGUAGAAGUAGAAUUAUUUUUUGAUAAAUUUGAUCGAAAAAAAAUCUCAGAAAUAAAUUUUUGAUAAAAUCGUGUGUGAAACUAAAAGCUGUUUUUGCCUAACAUGCCAUGCUAAUAUUUAGCUGUCUGCAUGAAAGUUUAAGAUUCGUAAAAGUGUCGCUGGGAAAUGGUUAGCGGCUCUAUUGUUCUCGAAGUUUCAAAAAGGAGCUCAUUUUACUCAGAGUUUCAGAGAGUGAAUAACUUUUGGAUUCGCAUAAAGAUAGCGAAAUUCUCAAAAUGAAAACUUUUUUUGGAAAUGGAGGCCUUUAGAAUAAUUUUCGCAGACUUCGUAUUUUCCAUCGAGAAAUAGGGCGAUGUGCAGUUUGAGGCUUUUUGAAGACUCGAAAAGUAAAAAGUUAGCAAAUUUUCAAGAAUUAUAAGCAUUGUGACUUUUCUUUUAGGUGUAGCAGGAAAUAUUAAAAUUUCACGGCGUCAAAUUUACGUAUCGUAAACCUGAAUGCAAUAAACCUAACCGUUGGUUGAGAGUUUAUUCACGCUUAUCCUACCACUCACGAAAAUGUCUGAAGAAAAAUGUGGCUGUAGGCUCGUCGAGGUGUUCGCCGCCUCACUUGGCGCUGUCAGGUACGCGGUCGGAGGCGACGCCGUUGCUGCGACGAGCUCCGCACACGAGUGUCGGCGGGACGACGGCGACCAUCGACGACGAGGACGGCGUCUUCGAAGACAUUCGCGCCUUUGCUCGUGGCAACACAGUCACCGUGUCGCCAACCAUCCACCACGAUCCCAGCCCCGUCCAUCCGACUCCUUCUGGUACUGCCGUCCUUAGCUUCGGGUCUAUGAAAGUUGAGCACUGAAGUUGUAGCUAACUCAUAUAAAUUUCGAGCUGAAAGUCAAAAAACCGUCCAGAAAAAUGUCGUCAAAGAAAUCAGCCUGGUUUUUGGCGUUACUGAGGCCAGGGUAUUCUCAAGGAAAAGUCUGUCCAAAGAAAAAUCCAAUGUUGGCUGAUGCGGAACAAGUUUUUCUUAAAAGCUUCCACUCUCGGGUCCCUCAAGCUGAAAUAUUCAGUCUGAUUUCUACAUGCUCGUUUAUCUUGGCUGUUUUCUGAUAAUUGUUUUUCAACUUUUAACAUUCAAAAUGCGUUUUUCAAGCUUGAUUCUCAUAGACCAGCUUUUGCCUAACUGUUGUUGUGAUGUUGUAAGGGUAGCCACGAUUUUUGCCUGCGUUUUGGCAUGGUAUACAUCACUAACGGUUUGCGACAAGCUCGACUUUUUUUUCGAAAGUUCGCAAAAAUCAAAUCCUUUUUGCAGGUCGAGCAAUUGAAGAAGCAGACGACCGGAGGACGCAAAUGUUCAUCAGGCGGUUAGAAAAUAUUGAAAGGUUAGAACCGAGAAAUUCUUCCAUUAAGUUUGGACAAAAUAAGUUUUACAUUUUACCUCAAAAAUUAUUUGUUAAGCGAAUUGUUCGUAGGAAACUUCAAAGUCUGAUAAUUUUCAGCUCUUCAUGUAUUCAGAGUUAGCUUCAUUCAAUUUUAAGCUCCAUAUUUUUUCGUACUUCGAAGCAUUGAGGCAGAUAUGAAUCGAGUAGAACUGAGGAGGUCAUAAAACCUUUUCCUGAACUAUUGCUUGUUUGCAGCCAAAUCGACCGGAUGCAGAACAAGUUUAACAGCGACAUGGAGACGUUGAUGAGGCUGAUGAGGGAGCAGACGAUGCGAAACGCGAAUAACAUUGGCGUCGCGGCUCCCGCAGACGUUCCGCCCGGAGGUAUGCCGCCGAGGUUUGUCAUCACCACACUCACGACCGAUGCUCGCAAAGGCUCCUUCGACCGUGUCGUGCUUUAUUUCCGAUUGCAGUGCUCUUUCGUUCUCUUUUGACUUCUUUUUUAAGUAGCUAUAAUUUUUUGUUGGAACUUCUCAAUGCACGAGUUCUUUCUCUUUUUUUCAUAUUUCCCAUAGAAGUAGUUUUUUUCUCCGUAUAUUAUCAUUUUUAAUAUUUUUUUAUCUUUUUAUUUAUAAUAAGUAAAUUAAGAACUUUCCAAAAAAACAAAAUCAAUAAUCAGUUCUCGCUCAUAAACGAAAUUGCACUUCAAUCGCGCCGUGUUUUUUUUUUUAAAAGAAUAACAACCGAUUUUCAAUGCGAGUCGUGACUGUGUGGCGAUAACAAAUAGCUUUUUUCCAAAUCCUGGAAAUAUGGUUCAUUCACUGCUGUUGCGAAAAAAUUAUUAGACCAGUUUUUAUUUUAUUUAUUUUUUCUCUGAUAGCAGUUAUUGGAUUUUCAUUUUUUAUAACAUUCGUAGUUCUGCGAGGGGAAUCGGAGAGAGAAAAACAAUUUUUCUUACAUGCCGUGGAAUAUUCGAAAAAAAGCAAUUACUUAAAGCUCUUUUUAGAGAACCCUAGUUUUUUUGUUUUUCUUAAACUUUCAUUGAGAAAAUCAUUAACGGCACGACACGACUACAGCCACAAAUGUCUUGCGAAAACCACGAUUUUAGAUUAUAAUGAGACGGUGCGGCCGCGGCGGAACCUCAUCUCUUCGAUCACGUCGUCUUUCCGGUUACCAAACGGCGGUGGAAACGCAGCCGACGAGAUCCGGGUUUCGCGACUCAGCAGCCACGAGCCGCCAACGCCUGCCAGCGAGUCCGACACGCUUCUCUGA